AUAGAAACAUUCUAUAGUUUAACUGCACGCACAAUUUGACAUGUUGAGCGUGUAAGAGUAACUACAGUCACACAUCUAUAACACCCAUCACUGCGACCAUGAUUAGUUUGGCUCUCGGAACCUUUCUGUUCGGGAUGUUUUGCGGGAGGGACCGGAAGAGGUGGAUCCUUUCGCGAUGUGGGGAGGCCGCAAGCUGAGCUCCUCCGGGAGUCGGUUUUUAGGAGCGCAUAGGUCGGCGUUCCGGGGCACACAGGCUGAUUGUCCUCGCUUAACCACGUCGGCAGCUUGUUCAAAAAAUCAGCUCAGUUGGACUCUACAAAUUAGACCAUCGGUUUUCAGUGAAUACAGAAUCAUGUGUUUCAAAUCCUAUAGCAUGACUUUUGCCUGCCUGAAUAGGAUGAAAAGUUACAGACUCCCUUGGACAAGACCGUACAGUACUUCCCGGACCACUGUAGACAGCAGCGAGGUGAAGACCUUCCUGGCCUUGGCGCACAGGUGGUGGGACGAGCAAGGAGUAUAUGCACCUCUUCACUCUAUGAACGACCUGAGGGUGCCGUUCAUUAGAGACAAUCUUUUAAAAACAGUUGCUGAUCACCAGCCAGGAAAACCUUUGUCUGGGAUGAAGAUUCUUGAUGUUGGCUGUGGUGGUGGAUUGUUAACGGAGCCUCUAGGGCGGCUUGGGGCUUCAGUUAUUGGAAUUGAUCCUGUGGAUGAGAACAUUAAAACAGCACAGCACCAUAAAUCAUUUGACCCAGUCCUGGAUAAGAGGAUAGAGUACAGAGCGUGUUCCCUGGAAAAGAUUGUGGAAGAAACUGCAGAAACAUUUGAUGCUGUCGUAGCUUCUGAAGUUGUAGAACAUGUGAUUGAUCUAGAAACGUUUAUACAGUGCUGCUGUCAAGUGUUAAAACCCGGUGGUUCUUUAUUCAUUACUACAAUCAACAAAACACAGCUGUCCUAUGCCUUGGGAAUUGUUUUUUCAGAGCAGAUUGCAGGUAUUGUACCAAAAGGUACUCAUACAUGGGAGAAGUUUGUUUCACCUGAAAAGCUAGAGAGCAUUCUGGAAUCAAACGGUCUGUCAGUUCAAACUGUGGCAGGAAUGCUCUACAACCCCUUCUCAGGUUACUGGCAUUGGAGUGAAAACACCAGCCUUAAUUAUGCAGCUCAUGCCGUGAAAUCCAGCAUCCAGGAACACCCAGCUCCUGCCGAGUUUGCUUUAAAGGAGGAAACAGAAGAGCUCCGAACUGAAACCUCCACCAACUCAGCAAAGGAAACAAAAGCAAAAAUAAAUGAAUGGAACCCAAUUAAACUUAAAAACUUUUGCACAGCAAAGAAAACCAACAACAAAACAAAAAGACAACCUACUGAAUGGGAAAAAGUAUUUGCAAAUGAUAUGAUUGAUAAGGGGUUAAUAUCCAAAAUAUAUAAACAGCUCAUACAACUCAACAUCAAAAAAACAACCAGAUUAAAAGAUAGAUGACCUGAAUAGACAUUCUUCCAAAGAAGAUAUACAGAUGGCCAAUAGGCACAUGAAAAGAUGCUCAACAUCACUAAUCAUCAGGGAAAUGCAAAUCAAAACCACAAUGAGGUAUCAACUCCCAUCUGUCAGAAUGGCUAUCAUCAAAAAGUCUAGAAAUAACAAGUGUUGGCAAGGAUGUGGACAAAAGAGAACCCUUGUACACUGUUGGUGGGAAUGUGAAUUGGUGCAGCCACUACAAAAAGCAGUAUGGAGAUUCCUCAAAAAACUAAAAAUAGAACUACCAUAUGACCCAGCAAUUCCACUCCUGAGUAUUUAUCCAAAAAAAACAAAAACACUAAUUCAAAAAGAUACGUGCACCACAAUUUUACAAUUGCCAAGAUAUGGAAGCAACCUAACUGCCCAUCAACAGAUGAAUGGAUAAAGAAGAUGUUAUUUAUAUAUAUAUAUUGGGUUGGGCAAAAAGUUCGUUCAGGUUUUUCCACCCGAACAGUUUUUUUUUUUUGCCACCCCAACACACACACACACACACACACACACACACACACACACAAUGGAAUACUACUCAGCCAUAAAAAAGAAUGAAAUUUUGCCAUUUGCAACAACAUGGAUAUUGUUGGAGGGUCUUAGAUGCUAAGUGAAAUAAGACAGAAAGAUACGGUGAAGGGGCAAGAUACAAGAGAUACAAACUACUAUGAAUAAAAUAAGCUACAAGGAUAUAUUGUACAGGGACUUUCCUGGUGGCACAGUGGUUAAGAAUCCUCCUGCCAAUGCAGGGGAGGUGGGUUCGAUCCCUGGUCCAGAAAGAUCCCACAGGCCGUGGAACAACUAAGCCCGUGCGCCACAACUACUGAGCCUGCGCUCUAGAGCCCGUGCGCCGCAACUACAAAAGCCGGCAAACCUAGAGCCCGUGCUCCGCAACAAGAGAAGCCAUUGAAAUGAGAAGUUCUUCCCCAAAACGAAGAGUAGCCCCUGCUCACCGCAACUAGAGAAAGCCUGUGCGCAGCAACGAAAACCCAGUGCAGCCAAAAAUAAAUUAAAAAGUUUAAAAAAAACCGAUUAAUCUAAGGACUGUGUAAUGAAAUUGAUUAAAAAGCAGCCCCCAAACAAAGGGCAUUUAUUUUAGAAAGAACACCCGAACUUUCAGUUAUUAAAAAUAUACAUUGUUAAGUGAUGGAAAUUCAGUAUGAUUCAGUAAUAGCCCCAUGAGGUAGGGACUACCGUCUACUCCAUUUCACAGAGACGUUAAAUGUAUUCAGCCUCACACAAGUAGUAAGAUGCAGACCCAGGCAGUCUGAUUGCUGAGCUUGUGCACAUCACCACUUUGAUACUUGUACCUAGUAUCUGUGCCAUCAUAUGGUCAUUGUGGUAGCAUAACCACACACAACUGGAUUAUUAUCACUUAUUUGAAUUGUCUGUAUGCAAGGUAGCACCUUCAAAAGCAUUUAAAUCAAACAGCAUCACAAAAUCUAGAGUCUGGGCUAUUUGCCUCAGUUCUCUUAGGGCUUCAUUGCCUUUCUAUGACUAAAACAAUUACAUGCUACUGAUGGCAACUUAAUAAAAUGCUUUAAAGACCCCACAUAAAAUUAUAGCCUUACUUUCUAUUAUAGUUACAGGUUUUACUAUUGUAUUAAUUAUAAAUUGAAGAGAAGUAUUGAAUUCAAGUACUACACAACAAAAGUAUCUCAGUCAAGCCAAAAAGUAAAAAAUUUUGACAUCAUUUGAAAUGUCUUUUUGAUGUGUGCUAGGGACACUCACAAGGGCUUCUGUGCUACCGUUGACCUGGAAUACACGAUAUUGAGAGGCAUCAAGUAAAGAUUUAGAGAGACUGCUCGGUAACGAGGCAUAGGAAGAAGUCACGCUUACUGGAAAUAUUUUUUAAACCUGGAUUGGCAAGGUCCCUGCAAUUCUGUAAAACAUAUUUGUAUAAUUACAGGCUUACAGACAUUGAUCCACAAAUCUACGAAUCCUAAGAAAAUGUCAAUGGAGAAAUAAAAUCAGAAACGAAACCAAAUGAAAGUGUUAGAACGGUCAACACAUAAUUGCUUUUAUUAACUUACAAUAUGACUCUAUUAGAAGGGAGAUUCUUACUUGACUAUUACUAAUGAGAUGCAAAAGACAUGCAAGUCUUCUCUGUAUCAAAAAAAAAAAAAAACAAAA